GAAGUGGAUCUGUCAAGUUUGUUUACUAUACAUUCGAAAGACGAUUUGAAGUGAAGUGAUAACAUUUCUAAACAAAAUUAUUGGAUAAAAUAAGAUCUCCAAAGUGACAGUUUGGUCAAUUUAAGAAUAUGGAAGAUUGCUUGGAGCUAAAAGUGAAACAGGUUGAUUCAACGACCAAUCGUUUGACGGACCAAAACCCAGAACAAAAUAGUGAAAUUUCGGCAACAGAUACAGCUGCCGAAAUAACUCUCAAAAGACCACUCAGCACAACAAAAACAACGUACAGACCCACAUCUAUCAAUCCAAACAGUCCGAAGAAGCAACGUCUUGAUAUGCCAGUUGCAACUGUUAAUUCGAUGCAGAAAAAGCGCGGUACAUCCUUCAUACACGGCAAUUAUGACCGAUACUACGGUUACCGAAAUUCCGCUGACUUUAAGGACAUUCGACUGGAAACGUUUGAAAAACAUCGCAACUUUUUCGAAGGCAAAAAUGUGUUGGACGUUGGAUGCAACAAUGGAUUGGUGACCAUUUCGGUGGCCCGUGAUUUGCAUGUCAAGCAUAUCGUUGGUGUUGAAAUUGACAGACGUUUAGUGGAUAAGGCUCGCACAUUACUGACCAACGAGAAACGGAAUUCGACCGCAGAUGGAGAAUCGUUUCCGUUCAAUGUGGAAUUCAAAAGUGGCAACUAUGUGCUGGCCAAUGAGAAAUUACUUGAAAUGGAAGUGGAACAGUUCGACACAAUUUUGUGCUUGUCGGUGACCAAAUGGAUUCACUUGAAUUGCGGCGAUGAUGGACUGAAAUUAACGUUUCGCCGAAUGUACAAACAGUUGUUACCCGGUGGCCGAUUGAUAUUGGAAGCUCAAGACUGGAAGAGUUAUAAGCGACGGAAAAACCUGACGCCAAACAUAGCGGCCAAUUACAAAAAUAUCCGACUUUUGCCGGACGCUUUCGAUCAGUAUUUACUCAGCGAGGAAGUGGGAUUUCAAAAUCGGUUUACCAUCAAUGUUGCGCAGCACAACGCCAAAGGAUUUCAGCGACCAAUCAAGGUUUUCGUAAAAUGAUUGCUGUCACUGCCUGGAGAUGAUACCUUUUGUUGAUACAAUUGCAGAUCCGUUUUUUUUGUACCAACGUUGUAAAUAAAAUGUUAUUCUUGGUUAAAGAAAUUG